ACCAAAGAAGUUCAUCGAUUCGAAGCCUUCUCUACUCCUAUACCUUACUGGAAUUGGUGCAGUAUCUAUGCUACCGCAUAUAUGAUUCCAUGAACCAGAGUAUUUAACAAGCAGUACAGAGACCAGCGCUCCAGUGCUGAAAAUUGGUGUCUGGAACAUUCUUCUGUCUUCGCGAUCGCAGUGGACAGUGGUUGGUUGUUCUAUGUGCCAGAAAUUUCGUAUCUGUGCCGGUGGAUGAUUUGCCGGAUUUUUGCUGCAUAGCUCGAGCAUUUGUUGUUGUUGUUUGUUGGUAGUUGAUUCCGUGUAACGUAUUUGCGCUUUCACAGCGUUGGUAAAUAUUUUUAAGCUGUGAAAUGGCCGCAAUGUCCGUUAUAGGAAUUGAUUUUGGCAACGAAUCGUGUUAUAUAGCAGUGGCAAGAGCUGGUGGAAUUGAAACUAUUGCGAAUGAUUACAGUUUGCGAGCAACACCAUCAUGCGUCGCAUUCAGUGGGAAAAAUCGCAUAUUGGGCGUCGCAGCAAAGAACCAAAUGGUAACAAACAUGAAAAAUACCAUAUAUGGGUUUAAAAGACUUCUUGGUCGAAAAUUUAGUGACCCAUACAUACAGCAGGAAGUGAAGCAUUUACCAUAUAGGAUUGUUCAGCAUGGGAAUGGCGGAAUAGGUGUUAAGGUGAAUUAUUUGGAUGAAGAACAUGUGUUUUCUCCAGAACAGAUAACAGCAAUGUUAUUUACCAAACUGAAAGAUAUUUCAGAGGUGGCACUGAAAACUAAAGUGAAUGACUGUGUUAUAUCGGUUCCGUCAUUUUUUACUAAUGCUGAACGUAAAGCUCUGCUGGAUGCUGCUAGCAUUGCUGGUCUGAAUGUCUUGAGGCUAAUGAAUGAGACUACUGCUACAGCAUUAGCAUAUGGCAUUUAUAAACAAGACCUACCAGCUCCUGAGGAAAAACCACGCAAUGUGGUCUUCGUUGACUGUGGCCAUGCAUCCUUGCAGAUUUCUGCUUGUGCUUUCCACAAAGGGAAACUAAAGAUGUUGGCUAGUGCAGCAGACCCACAACUUGGUGGCAGGGACAUUGAUGAGAUACUAGCAAAUCAUUUCUGUGUUGACUUUCAAUCGCGUUAUCGAAUUGAUCCACGUAAUAAUCCCAGAGCUUAUCUGCGCCUCACUACAGAAGUUGAAAAACUGAAGAAACAAAUGUCUGCUAAUUCUAUGAAUCUUCCAAUGAAUAUAGAGUGCUUCAUGGAUGAUAAAGAUGUUCAGGCAUCAAUGAAUAGGACAGAAAUGGAGAAACUUUGCGCCCACUUGAUUCAGAGAGUUGAACACACGAUGCGCAAGUGCCUGCAGGACUCAGGUCUGCGACUUGAUGAAAUACAUUCCGUUGAAAUUGUUGGUGGGUCUAGCCGCAUACCUGCAAUUAAACAUCUUAUAGAGACGGUUUUUGGCAAGUUACCAAGUACAACUCUUAAUCAAGAUGAAGCUGUAGCAAGAGGCUGUGCUCUGCAGUGUGCUAUGCUUUCACCAGCUAUUAGAGUGAGAGAAUUUAGUGUUACUGAUAUCCAGACCUAUCCCAUUAAACUAGUGUGGGAUGCAUCAAUGGGUGAAGAUGGAGAAAUGGAAGUGUACACACAAAACCACCCAGUACCAUUCUCAAAAAUGUUGACAUUUUUUCGCAAGGAGCCAUUCUCAAUAAAAGCUUAUUAUGUUGGGAACAUACCAUACCCGGAUCCUUACAUUGGACAAUUUAUUGUAAAAGAUGUAAAACCUACUCCGGAAGGAGAAAGCCAAAAAGUUAAAGUUAAAGUUCGUGUUAAUCUGCACGGAAUAUUAUUGAUCAGCAGUGCAUCACUUACAGAGAAGAAAGAAGCUACAGAACAAGAUUCGCAAGAAGACACAUCAAUGGAAAACGAUUCACAGAGUGCUGCGUCUCAAGCAGGCAGUCAGAAUGAUGCACAGGCUGAACAGGCAGCAAAUCAACAAAACCAUAUAGGUGGAGAGGAUGAUGCAGAAGGACAAGGAAAUACUGAGAAGAAAGAGGCAUCAAAAAAGAAAAAGAUAGUGAAAACAGUCGAUCUGCCUAUAGAGUCUUAUACUCAUGGCAUAUCACAACUAGAUCUGAAUAACUACAUUGAACAAGAGUGCAAAAUGAUUGCAAGUGACAGGCAAGAGAAGGAACGUAUUGAUGCUCGCAAUGCUUUAGAGGAAUAUGUAUAUGAUCUUAGAGGCAAACUUAACAGUGAUGAAGAACUUGCAACUUUCGUUAAUGAUGCUGAUAGAACAUCGCUUUCACAGCAGUUGGACGAAACUGAAAAUUGGCUGUAUGAAGAGGGAGAGGACUGUAAUAGACAAGUUUAUGUUGAUAGGCUGUCAUCAUUGAAGACUCUGGGUGAGCCCAUAAAGAUGAGGCGUCAGGAAUUCGAACAGCGCUCUUGGGUACUAGAGGAAUUUGGAGCGGCCCUUCAGUUAACUCGGAAGGCAGUAGAUCAGUGGCGAGCUGGAGAAGAGCGAUAUAACCAUUUGGCGGAAGCUGAUAUGCAGCAGGUUGAGCAGAAAGUUGAACAGUGCCACAGAUGGUUAGAGGAGAAGAGGUCCCAACUGGCUUCAACACCACGUACUCAAAAUCCACCAAUUACUGUUGCACAGAUUAGGCAAGAGAAGCAGGCUUUUGACAGUGCUGUAAGUCCGGUACUGAACAAACCAAAACCCAAAGUGGAGCCGCCGCCGCAACAGAAUAAAGAGGGUGAAACCAAAGAUGCUCAGGGUGAUAGUUCGAAAACAAAUUCCCAGAAUGAGCAGACGGAGGAAAAGAUGGAUGUAGAAUAAAUUGCAAUAGAUUGCAUUCUAACAUGGCAUUAAAUAUGACGCGUUCAUUUAAAACUGAUAACUUUAUUUAUUAUUGCAGUGAGUUAAUGCAAUAAAGUUGUCAAGGUGAAUAUGUUGGUGACUGUUAAGAAAUGCGAGAGGUUAAACAUAACAAACUGACACAGCUGCUGAUGCAGUUGCACGCUUGACAGUAGUUUCACAUUGUGUCGGCUCCUAACAUCUUCAGGAAUUUAAAUAUCACAUUACGUGUGUUGUUCCUGUGAAUUGCUGUAAAGAAGUCAUUGCUCCAAUUCAGGGUACCUGUUAAUACAACAACUGGUGCCCUUGUAUAUGAAGUCAGUAUUGUUGCACAUUAUUCCUGCAAGAAUGUUAAUUGUUCUGAAGACGUCUCAUAAAUGUUUUUUUGUAAACAUAAAGAGUGUCCAUCUGUGUUUGUGCAGUUCGGCUGUUUGCAUAUGUUUCGCAUGCAACUGAAGCUAUCCAAUUGCUUUCUUCCCAUUGUUCCUUAAGCCACUUCAUUUUUUCUGUGUAGUAGGAGGCCUACCACUUAAACCAGGUGCAUAAAACUUUAGAAACUGUUUGAUUUUAUCUAAUAAGUUACUGCAUCUGAGCAAACUGAACAUAAUGCAUUUAAAUAUUAUAAUAAAUUGCAGUGAAAUUUGUUGUAAAUGUGUUUUUUGUUUGUUCUAUUACCUACUGCUGAGUCGUAUAUUCAAUUUCCAGCAAAUCUCCUUUUUGAAGUAUUCAAUUCAAAAACAGAUCUGAAAAGAUGGUUUAUUGGCAGCUUUGAACAUAGUUUCAGGAUAUCGAUUUUGUGAAAAGAUGGGUUCAACAUCUUUGAUUGGGUCUAUGGACAGUAAAUAAUGAAGGUAAGGGUUCAGAGGGCUAAGGUCAAGGGAAAAAGAUAUAAGAAGGCAGUUAGCAACAAGAUUAACCCAGCUGGGAAAGAGUAAUUACAUUUUUGUGAAGAAUGGAGAAUCAAAAUGUCUGUAACAAUUAGAAAGAGUUGUUUUCCUUUAGGACUAGGUCACGUUUGAUUCUGUUGAAAAUGAAUGGAUCUCUCAAACCUUGUCACUUAAGAAAUCGUGGAACUCCUAGUGUCCCCUUUUGCUGUAGGUUCUGUAUUUCAAGCCAAGUGCAGAAGCUGAUUCAUUGCAUUUUCCUUAUUUAUUUCUCCACCUAGGAGUGAAGAUUUGGAAGUGAGUCUUCCAAAACUUAAGAUAUGUGUGUCUUUGGCUUCCUGUUCACGGCUUCGUACUCAUUUCUUACUCAAACAUGAAGCCCUCCACUUUCAUAAAGUUAUGAGAUCCACCUAUAACUUUCAUAUUUGGCAUAUUUGUGGUCUCUGUGGUAGUCCUGUUAAAGAUACAGUAAACUCUAAUGAAGUAAAAGAAAAGUAACAUGUAAAAGCCUGCUGUGAUUUCUACCAACAGAUUACAAGUUUGAUAUUGUUCAGCUUGUGCCUCACAUCAGUUUGAAUGUCGUUCAUCAUAAGUGUCUCCUUCAUGUGAAUUUGUGCACCUUGUCAUUUUUUGGUAGGUUCGUAUUGAUAACACCAAGUCUAGUCACACACGAGGUCUGCAUUUUUUAUUCCAAUCAAAUCAUGGCAGACAUCCACGUAUCAUUUUUGUUUGGGAGUCAAGGUGUGUGUGACAAACUCUACAUGCACUUUACUCUUUUUCAGAACAUUUCUAGAGAAUGUCUUGAACACUUGAUGUAAAAGGGUUGCUCUGUUGAGAUUUGUUGUGUAAUACAGCCAAAUGUCCACUGUCUAACACUGCCUGCUCGCAACUGACUGGUCAAACAACUGUUGGUCAAACAAACAACCAUUGUUCAGCUUAGAGCUAAUGCUGCCUCUAUAAUUACUGCUCUGGUGUUGCUUACAGAUCAGGAAUAAAAUAAGUCUUGGAACUUUGUGGAUGGACUAUGUAUUUUGCCUCCCAAGCUGUUGCUAUCUUAAAGUAGAUGAUGUGCCAGCUUACAUUUGCCUGUAACUCAUUGUAGGUUCUGAAGUAAUUUGGUUGAUACCUUUAUGACAAAAAAGUUAAGCAAAUGUGUGUACAGUUAGUUGUGUUAUGUGAAAAUGAAAGAAAGAAAUUAUCACAGUGCAGUUAAUAAAACUUGCCAUUGAAAACAUUUGUGCUGUGAGGUAAUAAACUGAAAUUUAUGGGG